AUGUUGAGUAGUAAUUGGCGCAAUGGUAUCCAAACAGCCUUGACAUUUGACGAUGUUCUUAUGGUUCCUCAAUAUUCAACAAUUGAGAGUAGAACUAAUUGCAUAGUUGAAACUCACUGUAGUUAAAAUAUCAAACUCAAAAUCCCUUUUAUAAGCAGUCCAAUGGACACAGUUACUGAAACUGAAAUGGCAAUUCACAUGGCAGCAAAUGGUGGAUUGGGUGUAAUUCAUAGAUUCAUGACGGCAAAUGAAUAAGUCGAAUAAAUCAAAAAGGUUAAGAGAUCAGAGGCAUACAUUAAGAAUAGACCUUUUGUAGUCGGUUUAAAUUACACACUCAAGAAAGUCUUAAUUUUAGCUGAAGAAUGGAAAUGUAAAACAUUUUUAGUCACUGACGAUAAUUUAAUUGAAAACAACGAAGAUUACGAAGAAACUGAUGAAACUGGAUCUCCUCGUUAUAAAUCCUUACCUCUUUUGGGAAUUAUCACUAACAGAGAUUGUUAUGAACAACCAUUAACUAAAUUAGUAAAAGAAUUGAUGACCCCUAGAGAAAAGCUAGUGACUCUUCAUUAUUUAGAUGUCAGCAAAGAAAAUGCAAGAUAAAUGAUGUUAUCUCAUAAAUUAGAGAAAUUACCUGUGGUUGAUGAUAAAAAUAAUAUAAAAGGAUUGAUUAAUUUAAAAGAUUUAAAAUUAGAUUCCGAGUUGAAAGUUCUUGAUUAAAUGGGAAGAUUAAUAGUUGGAGGAGCUGUUGGUGCAAAUGAUGAUGAAAUCACCAGAGCAAAGAGAUUAGUCAAUAGUGGCUGUGAUGUUAUUGUGUUGGAUGUGGCUAAUGGACACUCAUAAUUGGCAAUAAGAACAGUUGAAUAAUUAAAAAAGGAAGUUUCCGUAGAUGUGAUAGCUGGUUCUAUUGCAACAGGAGAUGGUGCCAGAAGAUUGAUAUAAGCAGGGGCAGAUGGUAUUAGAUGUGGAAUUGGUAAUGGUUCCAUUUGCAUAACAAGAGUUGUCUCUGGUUGUGGUGUCCCAUAAUUUAGUGCAUUAAUGGAUGUGGCUCCUGUUUGUAAAGAGUAUAAAAUACCAUUGAUGUCUGAUGGUGGUAAUAAGAACAGUGGAAAUAUGUGUAAGGCUUUGGCUGUUGGAGCAGAUUGCAUUAUGCUUGGUAGACUGUUGGCUGGGUGUUAAGAAUCCCCAUCCAAAGAAAUAUACAGAGAAGGAAAGAUCUUAAAGGUUUACAGAGGAAUGGCUGGUUUUGGUGCCAAUGUUUCUAAAGCCUAGAGAACUGGUAAGGAUGAACCUUCAAGCACAACAUUUGCACCUGAAGGAGUCGAGGGAUACAUUCCAUUUGCAGGGAAAGUAUCUAUUGUAUUAGAACAAUUUAAAAAGGGAAUCUAAUCUGGUAUGAGUUAUUGUGGGGCUUCAAAUAUUGAGGAAUUAUAGAAGAAUGUUUAAUUUAUCCAGAUGACAAAUGCAGGUUUUGUAGAGAGUGGUGUACAUGGAAUUACAAAAAUAUGA